UCGAGUAGGGCAUAGUUGAUCAUUUAACACCAUAAUUAACAGACUUAAGCCUUGAAGUUAACUAUAGUGACUUCAAAAUAGUUUCUCUGUCAAAAAAAAAAAUGGCGCAGUUAUUUGCUUGCACUAUCCUGCUAGUGAUCUUAGCAUACUCUAGUAAUACAUUCGCAUCCAAUAUUGAAGGUGGUGUCCCGACAACCAUACAAGCGCAUCCCUACCUUGUCUCAAUACAAGGUAAAGAUGGUUCACCGAUAAUCUGUGGUGGUGCUUUAAUUAAUGAGAAUACCGUUGUGACUGCUGCGCAAUGCUUGGCUUUCUACGAUGCUUCCCAAUUGGCUGUCGGUGUCAAUAAUGGCGAAAAAAUCGUAGAAAUCGCGGCAAAAAGUUUCAAUCCGCGAUUUGAUUUUGUCACCAUGGAGAACGAUGUGGCCGUUUUGAAAUUGGCCGAAUCAGUGGAAAGUGGUUCCAUUGAGUUAGCCAGCGAACUGCCGGCAAAUGGUGCCAAAGGAGUGGUAACCGGUUGGGCAGCCAACAACAGUCUCGUUGAUGUUGCAGUGAGAACAAUUGACGCCGAGGAAUGCGGUUCCGGUGACUAUAAGUACAGUGAGGAUGAAGUGUUGAAUACCAUGUUGUGUGGCAUUGCUAGCAAUCUGCAAGCUUGUAAUGGUCAAGCUGGUGAUCCAUUAGUGGUUGAUAAUCAGCUGGUCGGUUUGGUUUCAUGGGGUUACGGUUGCGGCAACAAAGGUAAUCCAGCUGUCUUCACUGAUAUUGCAGCCGAGCGUUCGUGGAUAAUUGAAACGGCUAAUAAACUUUAAAUUUAUUGUAUUAUUAUACAUUUAAAUAAUUACAGUUAUAAAUGAAGCAGAA